CCCACUCCAAAAAUGGUACAUCCCCUGCCCCCAGUGACCCCAAGCAAGACUGUGAUACCGAGUAGGUCGAAGGCCACUCCAAUUUAUAUCCCCAACAAGAACUUGCCAACUUCGAUGGUACCACCACUGGGGCCUACCUCAAGUAUAACACCAAGUGUGCCACCCACAGCUGCUACAGCUCUGAGUGAGAGUCUGCCGUUUAUCCUGGGUGUGUCAUUAUGUGGCGUUGGAAUUGUGCUUUUCUUCAUCACCUUUGCUGUUUUCUGCUGUUUACGGAAGAAACCCUCCAAGGUACAUAACAACAAAGAGGAGAUUCGGACCCAUGACCUUUGGGUGAGCACAACAGCAAAUUCUGAUAUUGGUAUCGCAUCAACUGCAGAUCCCCUUCCAGGUUACGAAUCCAUCACUGAGACAAUACUCACAGACUACAGGAAAAGUUUAUCCAAUGGUCAGAAAGAAUGCAGCUCAGACGAUGUUCAUUACAAAGCAUUGCACUCGUACGAUGUCACACAGGAAGGACAAUUGGCCUUCAGGAAAGGGGACAUUAUUACCGUCCUUGAAAAGACAAAUGAUGGCUGGUGGAAGGGGACGCUAGAGGACAGAGAGGGAUGGUUCCCAGGAAGCUUUGUCAAGGCUGUACAGCAUAAAUCCACCUCUGAUGGGGAAGAUAAGAAGGAUGGAGAGGAUGAUCCUGAAUCGGAAAGUCAAAAGCCGAGGGUCAGUUCCUUUCUGCUCAGUAAGGACCAAAGGCCAAGGUCAAUGCACCUGCCCCGCAGUCAUUCUGACCGCUACAGCCCCAUGAGGCAGCUGACCCCUAAAAGGGACUCCUGGGCAUUGGGUAAGGAAGUGUCAACUCCACGUGUCCCUCAGUUGGAGAAGAAGGCAGAUGAUACUGUAGACGGCAGCUCAGCCAAUCACAUGAGAGAUUUCCAUCUACAUUCUGCUGCAGGCAAGAGAUACCAGGCCUUGUAUCCCUAUAUUGCCAACUUUAAGUCAGAAAUCAGUCUACAGGAAGGGGAGAGAAUCAAGGGCAUCGAGAAGGACAAGAAUGGCUGGAUGAAGGGGCAGCGUGAAUGUACCGGAGAGACAGGCUGGUUCCCAGCUGUUUAUGUGCAGGAGUUGAAUCAAGCAGUUUCCCCGGUGACAGGAAUAGUUGAGGACACACAGGUUUACAGACAGCUUCUGGUCAAUAACAGCAAGGACCAGGAAGUCAUCUGCAUUGAACACAUUGCAGUGUGUCCAUUUGCAGCAGAGAAUGAUCAGGAUCUGUCAUUUGACAUCGGUGACACAGUCUUGGUGUUUGACACACUUGAGAAUGGUUGGUGGCUUGGUUGUCAUGGAGACGAUGUGGGGUGGUUCCCAGGAGCUUAUGUACAGAUUGUGACUGAUGGCCAGAGUUAUGUAGAUGAGUAUGGUAACACUAAAGAGUCCAUAGGUAGAAUGAACAUGACGUCUCCUCUACCUGUGACCUCUAACAUGAGUGCAUCACAGUUGUCUGUGAGGUCCGAUGACAAUAUGUCAGUCGCCUCUGAUUUAUCUGGUCGGGAUCGUCCAGUCAGACAAGCCAUGGACAUUGGAAGCCCUGGGACUCUCUCCACUUUCUCUGCAGCAAAGUCUGACCGCAGUGCUUCCACUUUAUCUGUUCAGUCAAGGUCUGAUGAUGAUAUUUCAAUGUCUUCUGGCACAAUGGACUCUAAAGGCUCUGGAAAGAGGAUAAAGCCAAAGCGGAAAGCACCAAAACCUCCUGUCGAUGCUGCUGGAGGAAGUAAAUUGCCAACUCCAAUAAAACCAACACGCCAGGCGCCAGCUCCGCCUGGUCAGAAUCAUUCGACUCCAGAACAACGUGGAGUAAGUGAAGUUUUGGGCUUAGUUAAACAGGAGCCUUGUGUUACUAAGGUCAUAAGUGAAUUCCCUAAGGUGGAGAUUAGUAUAACACAGGACAGUUCUGCGGAGAAAUCCAGAAAACCAGUUGUUCCAAAACGUUUUGUAAAACCUAAGUUAGUGAAAGUUCCGCGCAGAAAAUUGGACAUGAAAAAAGCAACAGAUCAGAGGACCAAUCAGGUGACCCGUUCACCUCCCCCUCCUCGCCCACCUCCUCCCAAAGUGUUGCUUCAUUCCCCAUCUAGUGCAGCUAGCACACCAAAUGUGACAGCUGAGGUAACUACCUCACUAGAGAACACAUCCGCCUCCCUGUCUUCCAUGUCUGGGUUCAACCAGAUAGAGGACCAAAGUGGUAGUUUAUACAAAGAUAUGAAUAUCACAUCAAUGUCUGCCAAUGACAGUUUGAUGGGUGGCUUGCCAAAAGAUGACAGUGGCCACCUCAUGCCAAAGCUACAAAGACAAAACGCCUUAUUAAGUGAGGAGAAACCUUUUGGUCAUGAUGUCGAUGUCAAUAGUACAUUACCUGGUAGUAACGCGGAAGAAGAUGUGAUAGAUGGUCCUGUAAAUUCUAAAAACCAUACAUUCACUGUUGAUGAAGUAAAGCCAAAAGCUUCCCGGAUUCCACAGUUCAACAGACAAAACAGUGGUCAGGCCACACCAAGUCCAGAUCGCAUCGUGCCACACAGUCCAGACCCUGUGUUUAGUCAAGAACCUGUUGAACAAUAUAGCCUUGAUCCCGUUGCAAAUAGCGUGGAUUCGUACAGGCCAGAAAAACUACAGACUUUUAGCCCUGUGACAACUCAAAGCUCAGAGGUAAUAUAUUCAUAUCCAUCAAAGGUAAUUCCAAAACCUAUUCAGAAAAAUGACCCGGAUCCUACAGCAACGUAUAGCCAAAUUCAUGUCGUAUCUGGCCACACCAAUGGUUUUGACAGUGUUCCAGUAAGUCCUUCAAACAAUUCUCAUGACCGUGAUCCACAGAGUCCUUCAAAUGAUGUUAAACCCGAUGAUUCAGUGAUUCCUAGAAACAAUAAUCGUGAUAGUGUGGUGUUGGAGGAAUCACCAAAUGUUGUUUAUUCUCCGAGUGUCAAAAAUAAUGAUGUGAACGAGUCUCAGCAUGUUCCUAAAGAAGCAGGUAAUGGAAUGGACAUAAAUGUUGGUGCUGAUUCUCAUACAAAACUCCCGAAGGCUAGACCACCUGUUGCACCUAAACCAAAAGGAAUACCUCAACCUAAGAUCCACUAUCGACCAGAUACAAGCUCUGAAGAAGCCAAUACCAACACAGACAAGAAAGUGGCACAGGAAUUGCCUUCAGUAAAGAGUAAGGACACAGGUCAAAGGUCAAAGCCAUCUUCUCCAGCAAAGGAGGAAAAUAAGGUUACCCCAGAUAAAAGACAAGUUCAAGAAUCUCCAGCAUCUCGGAGGAAAGCUGGAGGUCAAAGAUCUGGUGCAGUGAACUCUCCUGCAAGGGAGGUGAGAACGGGUAUUCCUGUCAGGGAUUCUCCUACCAGGGAGGUAAAGUCUGGUAUCCCUGUCAGCAGUUCACCAGGAAGGGAGACGAGGACAGGGAUACCUGUUAAUAAGUCACCAAAGAAAUCACCAAGGAACAGAAGCAAUGAAAGGUCCAUACCUGUACGUCAAAACAGCGGGGGGAAUAGUGGGGGAAACAAAUCCAAAUCUAAUCCUCAAAAUGGCAGUGAUCAAAACCAGGACACUAGUUUUUCACCCAAAUCCAAACCAAAACGUCCAAAUAAACCUCCUGAUACAAACAAGAAAUCGAAUGGAAAGGCCGAUUCUAGUCCAAGCAGGCUACCGAAGUUGUCGACUUUCCGAUCACCUAGUCCACAUGCAAAAGACAAUGAUGAUAAAGUGAUUAGCCCACCAAAAAAACGAUCCAUACCAGUAGCCAAACCUGCCCGCCCGCCGCCGCCUAACUCCCCACCUGCCAGUCCAGAGAUAAAGGUCUCCUCUAAAGGAGAUAACCAGCCAUCAUCUUUCUCAAGCUUUGGUAAAAUAAAUGGAGUAAAUGGAAAGCCAGCGGACCUAAGACCUAUUGAGAAAAGAUCUUUGCGAAGAACUGUCAGACAGUACCAGGGGCAAAAUCCCGGGGAACUAUCAUUUGAUGAAGGCAGUUUUAUCAUGGAAAUCACAGAGGAUGAGGACAAUCCUGGUUGGUUGAUCGGGAUGUUAGCAGAUGGUAGUACUGGUCUUUAUCACCACAGCCAUGUGGAGGAUGCUCCUAACAAGCAACAAACCAUCGUGUAGAAAAUGUAUCUUGCUUGAGAAAAAUCAUGAUUUCAACAUAUCAUGAGUGAUAUCGGACAAAUACAUGAGUUGCGUUGAUAAGAAAAAGUAUCUGCAGUUAUAUAAAAUGUGAUGGUAGAAGAAAAGGGGCAUCUGCACGACGUUAUAUAUAACCUUACAAAUAUCCACAACGAUAUUGCCGAACAUCUUUGAUACUGUUAGUUAAUAUUCUCCGUGAUUUCAAAGUCGUGUCGGACAAGUAUCUAAAGCGAUUAUGGAAACUAUUACCAAACUUUCACAUCAAUUGUCUGGAAGGUGAUAUUGUAGACGCAUACACUGUGAAAUACAAAAGGUAUAAUGAUCAAGUAUAUCCGGAGUGAAUGGAUAAAAGGUUCUAUAGAAAGUGAUUCUUAGAGAGUGAGGAAUGUACACCAUGUAAACACCUAACCAGACACCAAUCAGCUGUUCAUUAUAUGAAAGGUACUGUCCUCAGAAUGAUUCCCAAAUGUCCGCAGAUUGCUUGGUUAAAUUGAACAAAUAUCUGCAGUGAUAUGUGAGUGAUGUCCUAGAUACGACAUAUUAUAGUGUUAGUAGAUAUAUAUUUUCUUGGAUCAUGAUUGUAUUUUCAGCACUUGCAGUCAAUUACUGUAGUUCGAAGGGCGAAACAAAUUGUGAGCGAUAUGUCCGCUAAAUAUUCGAAAGGUUAAAGUUCAUGGAGACAGGCCUGCUUGAUAAAUGAUGUUGUUACAAGUAGUUAAGUAGGCCUAGACAGUCGUGGAAUCCUUAGCCUAUUCCUUGACACAGAGGUUUCUUAAAUGGUUGCAGCAAAAACGGAGACUAUUGUUUUCAUGGAAUACAGUGUCACAAUGACAGAGGUUAUAGCCACUGUUAUUCAAAACAGAAAUCUCGUGAUUUCGCAGAGCAGAAAAAUACAUAGGUAUAGGAUUAACAAAUCAUCGUGGCUCAUAACGCAUUGGAGAUUUGAGGCUAUAUGGUACUAGAUAUUAGUUUCUCCGACGUACGAAAGAUACAUGUAUUGUCACGAUAGUUUGAACAAGAGAAUGGAUAGACUUUUCACUCGGUAGCAAGGACGAAGGAUAUCUUGUGAUCUGGAAAUCUUUCAUCUUCGAAUAUGUGUCAUUUAUAUGAUAAUCGCUAUCAUUUUCAUUCUUCUUCCGAACAUCGCUCCAUGAGCAUUCUACUUCACGGAGAAACGUUUCUAACUGAUGUAUUAAAUGUAUUUGUUAAUUAUUGCCAUUAAUUGAUAUUAUUAUUUUUUUUUGUUAUUUUUAGAUUUUUUUUUCUAUGCAAACAUUUUUAAGAACAUCAACUUUGCAAUCUCGAUAUUGACAAAGCAUAUACCAUAACCAUAAUCGUAUCAGUCAUGUUUGUCAGAAUUUUCUAAUGUUUUCAAGCUUAAUUAUACAGUGGACACUUAUGUUUUUUUCUGUUUUAGAUGCAGUAAGUUUUUGGUGCACACUUUUAGAAGCUGUAGAGAUUUUGUACCUCAUUUAUUUGUAUGUAUGUGUGCUUUGAUAUAUUUAUGUUCCGAGAUAUUUUUGUAAUUCACUUAUACUGUAAUAUGAUAUGAAUUUGCUAUGGAUACGUACUUGUGACAUGUAUAUUCAAAAUGUUUAAUGAAUUGUUAACAAUAAAGUGUUCAAGAAAAUUCUAUAUGUAUGGUUUACUUGGUCUAGGUUGAACAGGGAAACGUAUUUGGAACAUAUUAUUCUUUGUUUAUUUUGAAAUGCUCAUAUUUAUAUUUACCCAAUUCUCAAAUUAUUUUGCUUCCGACUCCAGGGAUGAGAUGUUCAUGUGAAAAUAAAGUCUCAUAUUAUUUGCCUUAAUUUACACAUAAAAGUAUGCUGUAAUCGAUAAUUGAAUCCUUCUAGCGUGAAAAGCCUCCUGUUUGCAUUAUGUCUGUCUCUAUAUAUUAAUUUUGACAAACUGAUACAAAAUGUUGGUUGUCAAAGUUUGAGAGGUUAAAUCCUAGUUCAAUGAUACACACAUCCGCCAUCAUGUACUCGACAUAGCUAAAUUGUCAAACUUUUUCAUGUUUUGUUUCAUGCCUGUAGUGCGUUCUAGUAUAUUGUAAACGUCAUUGGGAAACCCAAUGUUAGCAAUGAUGUCCAAAGUUUUAUCAUGGUAGUAUUCUAAAUACUGUAGUGUGUGGAUAUUAAUAACAAAAUAUUGCCCUCAUCAUUAUCCCAUUUAGGAAUGAAUCUUUAUAAAAAAUAGACAUACUGUGAUUAUAAUUAGUUAUAGAAAGUAAUAUUCAUGCAUUUCAUUGUCAUGAGGAAAAUGUGAUAAAAUAUGCCAGAAUUCACAAUGAAAUGUUUUAUGUCGAAACGUACCGUUUUCAUAUUUACAAAGGAUAAUUUGUUUUCAUUUGCGAUGGUGAAUGUUUAGAUUUAACUAAUUUCAGAAUAUUUGUGUGCAUGCAUUUUCAUUAAAUGCUUCUAGUCAAACUCGUUGAAAUUAACUUUGUAACAUUUAGAGAUGUUAGAGAACUCAUAUUAAAGGGGAUCAACUCUACCCUAUCCUGAGUUUGUCAUGAAAUGAUUGUAUAAUUCAUACCAAAGAUUUAUUGAUAUUAUUUACAAUAUGUUUUGAAGCUGAACUUGUGAAUUUUACUUGACUUUUUUUGUAAGUAAAUCCAAUGAAUAUGACUGACCACAAUUCUUAAGUGCUUUCUGGAGUAUUGAUUCAGAAUGGUUCACUAGUUCUCCAUUCGUCCCCGGUGCUGUUGUUAUAAAAGUGUAAAAACAAUACUCUAUACCUACACAGGAGUUUGUUAGCCCUCAGUAGCAUGGUGAACACAGGCCCACUGGGCUUUGUUUUAUAUCAAGCUGAUAGUGCCUUAUUGCAUUGAAAAUGUUAAAUACUCACAAUUUUAUCUGCAUUUGUAAUUUUCUACAGCUAAAACCUCAAAUUAUUCUUGAGGAUGAGGAUAUUAAUAAAAGUAUCUUUCAAAAUGUGUUCAAAAUGUUUAUAACAUAAAAGUGUAUGCUAUAUUAUUCAUGGUUUUGAUGCCACUAAAAUGUUCCCUUAGGGGUGGCCAUUUUGUUAAGUCUGUCAUUCUUAUUAUUGCUGAAAAUUAAAAUAUAUUUCUUAGAAUAUGUUGUUUUUCAGAACUAGUUUCAAUUAGGAAAUCUUAUAAGAUUUGCAAGAAAUGAAAGCUGUAUUAUGAAACAGAAAGUUUAAUAAAAGAAAAUGUUUCAUGCUAUAUCUUAUAAACAUUUUCUCUAGUUUUGAAAUUGAUUUUAAAGUAUUAAUUGAAAUCUGAUUUCUAGGUAUCCUUGUUUGAUUUCUUGUCCAUUCCAUUUCAUAAAUCAUUUCACUAUGCUUCUUCAUUUAAAAGUUGUACAAAUCUCUAGCAACUUAUUGCGUACAUGUUCAAUUAGCUUGUUGCUGAAGAAAUUGAAGGCAUCAACAUAUAUUAUGUUUAUUUUUCUAUUUCAUAAGCGUUGUAAAAUAUUAGCAUCAGAUUUUAAAAGUUUUUGAUAGCAUUCUGCUUUAGAUCAGGUCAGAUAUGUUUUUCUCGUUUCACGCUAUCGAAAAAUGGUUUUGACAUAGAAAUGGAAGCACAUAGAUGGUUCAGAAACGUUUGAACUUUCGUUAAUUACAUUGACACUACCAAGUCACAAUGUAACAAGUACGGAAAUUUCAUAAAAGAUCAGAUUGAAGAGUAACUAAUAAGAAAAGCUUUUUUCCACAGUUGAGUUGGAGAUUAUGUGCUGGCCCAAUUGGCAUAUUGCAAGAUAAAUACAAAACAAAUGUGGGUUAAUAACUUGAUACAGUAACAAGCUAUCUCCAAAUCUGUAGAAUCUACUAAUAUGAUAUAUAUAUAUAUCCUCGAGAUUUUUUUAUGUGAUCCAUAUUCUCGAUAUGUCAAGAUGAUCGCUGUAUUUCUCGCAUAUUUAACGAUGAUCGUGAUAUGUUGUAGAACCACAAAGAGUUAAAAUGUUUAAAACGAAAAGUGCCAAAUGUAAUGCUAUUUUGUAGGACAAACUUAGAAGUAUAUAUUUACUUGACCAUUUGAUAUUUUGUGUACAUGUUACCGUAUGCUUUAAUUUGUAAUAUAUAACUAAUACUAUUUAGUUUCCUAGCAUACUAUGUAUCAUUUGUCUCAUUUUGAUUUACGUUGCCAUUUGCAAUAUUAAAACUUGUAAAAUAUAUUUCAUUUUUUGCUCGAUUCAUUAAUUUCCAACUGUAUAUAAUUCAAGUCACAACUUUUGAUAUAAUUAGUCAUAUUUUCUAAAUAUGUGUUCCAUGAAAUGGCUUUAAUGUUUCAAUGUGCAAGCUUUAAAUGUAUGUUCUGAUGUUUUGAUUCGAAGCAAUAUUGCUAAACGUUAAUUUAAUAAAGUUUUAUCCUUUUUGAAUUGAUAAAAA